AUGGGCGGCUUCGCCAGACGAACGGAAUUCGCGGGUGAAGGUUUCGUUGGCUCCUCCACUGCGUCCAUGAGUUCGUACACCAUGGAAGGUACGGCGAAACUCGGCGCGGACUUGAAAUCUCGCCGUAAGACUAUGUCGAAGGCGAGAGCGAAGGCGGAGGCGACCAUUGCCGCGUCGUCGGCGGCGCCGGCCAAGAAGGAAAAGAAGUAA